CAAAGAACCUGGAUCACAUGUAUACGACUAUUUCUUGAAAUGGCUUUCCUCGGCCUCAUCGUUUUGUUGGCCAUUGUCCAAGCUGGAUCUGCAAUUUCAAAUUCAAGUCCCAUCUUUGGACCAAAACAGGUGACUGGGUUGCUUGGAGGUUCUGUUACUGUGAAAUGCUUCUACCCUCGCACAAGUGUGAAUAGACAUAGCAGGAAAUACUGGUGCAAGGAGUCAACACGGCAAUGUAUAACUGCCAUUUCUUCCCAUGGCUAUGUCGCUAGAGAGUAUGAAAACAGAAUCUCCAUAACAGACUAUCCAGAGAAUGGUAUAUUCAUCAUAGAAAUGUCAGAGCUGGGAAGAAGAGACAUGGGACCAUACAAAUGUGGCAUUGGUUUCAAUGACAAAGGACUCUCCUUCAGGGUCAGGCUAGAUGUUUCUGCAGGUUCAGUAGUACCUGAAGAAGCUCAGCUCUUUUAUGUGGAACAGCAUGGAUCUGUGACCAUAUCCUGUGCCUUUGGUGAUCAAUACGCAAGUGAUAGGAAGUACAUGUGCAGGAUGACAAAGACUACCUGCUCCACUAUCAUUGAUACACAUGGAAAUAUUGACCCAUUCUAUAAAGGAAAAGUUCUGUUAAGCAAUCUUGAAAUUUCUGGCUCAUUCAGCAUCAUUAUGACCCAACUAAAGAAGCAAGACUCAGGGUUAUACCUCUGUGGAGCUGGGAACUAUGGGGCAGAAGGAGAAACCAAGAAACUGGAUAUCCAUGUUUAUGAAGAGGCUUUGGUUCCCAAGGCACAACCAAUAUUACAUGGAGUUCAGCAUGGUUCAGUGUCUGUUGAAUGUCAUUAUGACCCGAAAGAGAAUAAUACAAUCAAAUAUUGGUGCAAAUGGAAAGAACAUGGGUGUACCAUCUUAAUAAACAACUUAGGAUAUGUCCGGGAUACUUAUGAGGGAAGGAUAGUGAUGCACAAUAGUCCAGAGAACGGCACCUAUACCAUCAUACUGAACCAACUGCGUAAUGAGGAUGAAGGAUACUAUUGGUGUAUGACAAGUGGAGAACAGGAAAGGAAAUCAUCCACAGAAUUGAAGAUUGUGGAAGGUGCAAUACAGACCACCAAGGAACAGCAGCCUGCCGGUGCCCGUUUUUACUCUGGAGGGACAGCGCAGUCCCCAAACCAUGCGCUGUCACUCCGGAGUAAAAAGAACCAGGUAUUUCCGGGUUCUUCUUGUGGUGCUGGAGUGAUGUCACGAGUGUGCCGCUGGUGCACUCGCAAUGUAAGCAACGUACAGUGA